GUCACAUGAUCUCCAACACGUUUUUUACUUUCAUGUGUUGACUUUUUUUUUAAAUUUCUUUUUGUUUCUCUUCAAUUUUGAUUAUAAUUUAGUGUUUAAUUGUUAUUUUGAAUUGUGAAUUUCUCUAUUAUGGAAUCAGUUUCGUCUUCUUCAUCCAAUGCGAGUCGAAUCUUUGAAGGUUACAAAGCAUUAGGAGUGAUUUCUGAUGACAAACCUUUUCUCAUUCGGUACAUUGAGAAAUUGGAAGAACUGAGAAUCGUUUCAAUUGUUGGAAGAUAUUUUCACACUUAUAACUCUAAAUUACAAUUACUAGAGACAAGUCAUCCCCAUCCUGGUCCAGUAAAUGCUCUUACAUCGGAUUCGAAAACAGUUUUCUCAUGUUCUGAGAAUAAAAUUUAUGCAUGGAAAGGUGGACAUAAACAUCUAAGAAAAAUUUUCGAAGGCCAUGAAUCUCGAGUCCAUUCAAUCCAAGCAUUUGGACCUCAUCUAAUAUCUAUCGACGAUGAUAAUAUUUUAAAGGUUUGGGAUAUCAAAAGUAAAGAAACCAUUCUUGAUAUGCCUUUCGGCAAUGGUUUCACCAUAACUCGGAUGCUCCAUCCCAGUACAUAUAUAAACAAAAUUUUACUCGGAUCGAAACAAGGUCCUCUUCAGCUGUUAAACAUACGAACCCAAAAGACAAUCCAUAAAUUCAAGGGCUGGUCAGCUGGUGUAAUUAGCUUGGAACAAGCUCCCGCCGUUAAUGUCGUUGGAAUUGGAUUAGAUGAUGGAGUUAUUGUUGUUCACAAUUUAAAAUAUGAUGAAACACUUAUGACUUUCAUGCAAGAUUGGGGACCAGUAUUGGGCAUUUCUUUUAGAACCGAUGGUCCACCUUACAUGAUAACCACAAGUGAUAAAGGUCAUGUGGCGAUUUGGGAUCUUGAGAAGCGAAAAUUAUUGGUACAGAAACGAGAUAUUCAUCAGGCUGCCAUCACCGGGUGUCAAUAUAUCAUUGGUGAAGCUCUUAUGGUAACAAGUUCCCCGGAUAAUACGAUCAAAAUUUGGUGUUUCGAUGAUCAAGAACAAAUGGGAAGACUUUUAUAUUCACGGGAAGGGCAUUCAAGUCCAUCAAGUUUCAUUCGUUUCCACGGAACUGAUGGAAGAAAUAUCUUGAGUGUUUCUCAGGAUUCAACUUUCAGAUUGUUCUCUGUCCUCAGUGAAAGGCUUCAUCGAAGUCUCGGUAAAGCUUCGUACAAUCGUAAAUACGCAAAAAAAGUCGGCGUUUCCAAUGACCCCAAUGUUAUGCCGCCGAUUACUGAAUUCGCCGCUGAAUGUAUGCACGAAGAUGAUUGGGACAAUGUAGUCGCCCGACAUUCUGACCUGGCGAUAGCCACUACUUGGACUACGAAAAAAAUGAAAAUGGGUAAACAUAAAUUGUUACACGAUCGAUUCAAGCAAAAUAAGAAAGCUAUUAUCCUAACGGCAUUAACUGUUAGCAGUUGCGGUAACUUUGCGAUCCUUGGUUAUAACACAGGUCACAUUGAUCGGUUUAACAUUCAGUCGGGAAUCCAUAGAGCAACUUACGAAAAAGAAAAAGGAAAAGCUCAUAAAGGUGCAAUUUCUGGUUUAAUUAGUGAUGAAACUUGUCGAUUCUUAGUCAGUGGAGGUGCCGAUGGACUAAUCAACUUUUGGUCUUUCAAAGCGGCUGAUUUAUUGACCGAAUUAAACUUCAAUUCUCCAAUUACUAAAUUUGAAUUGCAUAAAGAAAGCUCUUUAUUAGCUGUUGCCUUUGAGAAUAAUACAAUUGAAAUGAUUGAUCUUGAUACGAAAAAAGUAAUUCGUAAAUUUAAUGAUCAAAAUUCAUCUAUAACCGACAUGGCCUUUAGCUUUGAUGCUCGUUGGUUAAUCGUCGCAACAAGUGAUUGUUCAAUUAGAGUUUGGGAUGUAUCAUUAAUCAAAUUAAUCGACUGGUUCCUUAUGCCUUCGCCUUGUAAAAGUCUAUCCAUGUCUCCGAUCGGCGAUUAUCUUGCAAUGGCCUUAGAAAACGAUGUUGGAAUAUUCUUAUACUUUAAUCUAACCCUUUACCUACCGAUUUCUCUCAAGCCCAUUUCCGAUUCUUAUGUACCUCGAUUAAAUGAAUUACCAAGUGUCCGAGAAGAUGAUCAGGAUGAAGACAAAGACGAGGACAAUGAAAACGAUGUCGAACUGGUCAAUGUCGAAGAAAAUACUGAUGAAGACGUCGAAAUGAUCGAUUUAGAUUAUCAAUCGCCAGAUCAAAUCUCCGAUAAAUUAAUCACUCUAUCAACAUUACCCACUUCGAGAUGGAAAAACUUACUGAAUUUAGAUUUAAUUAGGCAACGAAAUAAACCAAUUGAACCAGUUGAGAAACCUAAAUCAGCUCCAUUUUUCCUUCCAACGAUCGAUGGACUCGAACCUGAAUUUGAUUUAAAUCGAGAUGGAAAUGAUGAAAAUACAAAUACAAAUAAAUCAAAAUUAUUAAAUAACCUCGCGGGAGUUUCACAGUUUGGAAAACUAUUGAUCAAUUGUGCCUCUAAAAAUAAUUUCUCAAUAAUCAAACAAUUAAGAGAAAUGAGUCCAAUCGCAAUCGACACUGAAUUAAAAUCUCUCGACAUAAUGAUCUCAAAGGACGAAGACAUCGAAGCCGAUGAUCAUGUUUUACUCGUUUACUUUUUAAUGGCCAUGGAAAGUGCCAUUGAUACAAAACAGAAUUACGAGUUAAUCCAAUCGAUUCUCGGAUUAUUUUUGAAAAUUUACACUUCGAUAAUCCUUAAAGACGCAGAUCUAGUUGAGAAAUGUGAAAAUCUAUUUAAACAAUUACAACAAUUACCCAACAAUUUACAAGAUAAAUUCAACGAAUCACUUUACAUAAUCAACUUCAUUCGAGGUACAAUUUUAACUAUGUUUAUAAAUUAUAAUUAUCUUUUAAUUCUCGUCAUUUUUAUGCAAUCAGUGAACAAAUUAUCUUCCUCUGACCCUUACAAGAUCCUCGGUGUUCAAAGAAACGCUCCUUCUAAUGACAUAAAACGUGCAUAUAAAAAGCUCGCUCGCAUUUGGCAUCCCGAUAAGAAUAAGAAUCCAGCAGCUGAAGAUGAAUUCGUUAAAAUCACCAAAGCAUAUGAGCUACUUAUGGAUCCUGAUAGGAAAGAAGAAUUUAAUCGUUUUGGGACCACCGAAGAUACGCCAAAUUUUCGUCAUAAACGUGAUUACAGUGAUUUUAAAAGGUUCGAUUUUGAUCCUUUCGAGACAAUUUUCUCUUCUGGUGGAUCUGGUUCAUUUAAUUUCAAUCAAAAUCAACCAUUCAUUUUUCAUCGACAAACUAUCACAGCAAAGGCUUAUCAAAAUAAAAUACUUCCUGCCAGUAUAACAUCGCCACAAUUAAUUCUGUUCUACGGUGAUCUUUGUUUUCCAUGUUUUAAUGUCGAACCAGUUUGGCAUAAAAUUGUUCUCGAAUUGGAACCUCUUGGUGUUGGUUUCGCUACAAUUCACAGUAAACACGAAAGUAAUUUAGCUCGUAAAAUUGGAAUAGAUGAUCUACCAUACAUAAUUGGAAUUGUUGACGGAGUUGUUCGCCAUUACAAAGACAAUCAACUUAGUUUACUUCGGAUAAUUGAAUUUGUCCGUAAAAUUUUACCCCGACAUCUGAUAACUCAAGUGAAUGACGAAAAUUAUGAAUCAUUUCUUUCUGGUUGGACUGAUAAUCGAGUUCGAGUGCUUUUCGUCAACAAUGAUAAGCUAAUUAAACUUCGUUAUCUACUAACAGCGUUUUCUUUCCGUGAACGUGUUGUUUGUGGACACGUUUCCAUCAAAGAGAAAGACAGUCUCAAGCUAAUACAAAGAUACGGUGUUGAUACUAAAAUGGAUUCAAUGUUGAUCUUUAACGAAGACAUUAAUCGUCCCAUUGCCACACUCGCAGCGUCAGAAUUGUUACCUCAGAUAAUCAAAGAUGUCUUACACUCCAAUAAAUACCUUCUUCUACCAAGAUUAACAUCUCAGGUUAUGUUUGAUCAAAUCUGUCCUCCAGAUGCACCUCGAAGUCGUCGACGAUUAUGUAUCAUGCUAGUUACAAAUAACAUUCCGACACAAGAGUCUGAGAAAGAAGCAAUGAGACAAUUUAUCCUCGAAAAUGAGUUCAAUGAAGAUAAAUAUAGAUUCAUGUACAUUUACCAAGAGAAACAAAUGGAUUUCAUCAAUUCAUUAUCAAUCGGAAGUGGAUCACCUUCUGACCUUACCUCUCAUGUUGUUGUACUAUGGAGACGUGAACAGGAUCGUUUACUUUAUGAAUGGUUACCUGAUACAUGGGAUGUAAUGGAACCAGAAAAACUGAACAAAAGUAAAUCUGAACUACACGAAUUACUCAAUAAAUUGAGUAAAACAACCCAGACAAUGACCAACAACGCCAAGAUGGUCAAUCUAAUCGAUGAACAUGCAAGUGGUUUACUUGGUCGAAUCCUUAAACGAAUUCUGGUUCUUACCGAUGGUCUUGGUGAUUCGAUCUCUCAGAAAGAAGUUCUUCCAAUUUUAUCAGCAGUCGCUACAUUUGUUUUCAUUGGUAUUUUUGGUUAUAUUUUACAAUAUCUAGUCAAAUUGGAAGAGAAAAAUAUUCGUGAACAAUACCGUAGACUGGGUCGAACUCCGCCUGGAAGUAAUCCAAGAAAUGAAUUCAAAUUGAGUAUUCAUGAACUGAGAGGAGAAACUUACAAUGGACUGAUUCGCCUUCUCAAACCUGGAUGUCGGACUCUUGUUUUGCUUUGUGAUACUAGAACUAAAUCAAAAUUAUUACCCAAAUUUUAUAGAUUUGUUCACCCUUAUAGAAAAAACAAAACUUUGAUGUUUGCAUAUCUUUUGAUUGAGAAAAAUAUUGAUUGGUACAAAAAGAUUUUACAACAAAGCUUAGGAGAUCAUAGAGAGCUUAAUAUUAACCCGAAAAAUUGUAUUGGCACCGUGUUAGCAAUCAACGGAUUUAAGAGAUAUUUUUGUGUCUAUCAUGUCAAACAUUCAGAAGUAAGUUUAUCCCCCAAUCAACCAGCUAUUAAUCUUAAUUAAACUAAACUAAACGCUUCUCUUCAUUCACUUUAGCUCAAUCGGCGAGCUGAACAUCAAGAUUUCCUUGGGUUUGAAGACGAAGAGGAAGAUGUUGAAGCUGGAAAUUUGAUUGAUCAAGGAACAGAUCAAACCAAUUCGGUAGAGACUCAAGAGUUUGUUUUUGAAAAUAACCUUUUAGAUGCUUUACCUCAAUGGUUGGAAAGACUAUUUGAAGGGACAACUCACCGUUAUUUUAUUCAAUAUUGGCCUGAUAACAUGAAAUAAGUUGAUUCUUUUUCUCUUCCCAUUAAUUAAUUGGAAGGAAAAAUUUAACUACCACCUAAAGUUCAAUGUAAAUGGAACUAAUUUUACAAACUUAUUCCAAGGUUAUACCUUUGACCUCUUGUUGUCUCCAAUAUUUGAACAACUAACUAAUUUACCUCUACGCCAAAGGAAAACAUCCAAGAAGCCAUUUUGGAAAUUCAACCAAUUUAAAACUCAACCAUCAAACUUGGUGAAUCUCAAUUUAUCAGCCUAAAUGUUUUUACCAAAGAGGAUUCGUAUUUAAAUUGUCAAAUAUGUAAUCUUAACAAUUAAUGCCUACUUAUGAAGUGUAAAUCUUUGCCUUCACGGUUACUGGGGACCGUUUUCAUCCUUGAUGUUAAUUGUUGAAGAAUGGAAUUGAUCAUCACAAAUACAUUCUUCGUGUUAAUUUUUACCAAAUACAAGCCAUUAAUCAUCCAAUUUAAUUUGGAUCAUCAUCUUCCUGCUAGAAGAAAAAUCAACUCAGAUGAUAAACAACCAGAGAUUUUGUCGAAUGAUGCAAAAAAAGCCAAUACAAUCAGCCCAGACCAACAAAGUUUCGCAUUUUUUGUUCAAUCACAUCUCAUUUUUUUCUAAAUCAACAAUUAAUGACGAAAUUCAUUAACGAAUUUUAAACUGUCAAUCUUUUCAUAAAUGUCAUCUUACUUCAUCAUCUUUAACUCCUUCUUUUCUUUCUCUAUCUUCUAAUUCAUCUCUCAUGAUGAUCUCAAGUUAUAUUAUUGUAAAAAAAGCCAUCAUGUAAAAACAAUGUUAUGUAAAAAAGUUUUAAUUGCCUAAUAAGUUAAUCAAACUGUUUGACGGGCAACAAUCAAACGAAAUCAUCACUUGAACUGAUUAUAGCUCAAUUCCAAUUGAUUUUUCUGUUUUCUGUUCAUCAUCAAUUCAUGAUAAUUAAUUUCCAAAUUAAUUUAACCAUUCGAACUUUAA